AUGGCGAAGAAAGCUCGCCAGAGGAUAAGCUAUGUCCUUGAGCUUCCCAAUUCUUCGCCUGGUGGCCAUCGCCUUGGUGUCAAUGGCUUGGCUGUCGAUCGCGACAAUGCUAUCCUUUAUUCUGGCGGACGAGAUGGCGUGAUCUGUGCUUGGGAUCUGAACCGCAGUGUGAACAGUGGUCGUCAGUCCGCCGUGGUUGACACAUCGGCCCAACCCAAUGGCAGUAAACCAAAGGCAAUCACCCGGUUUCGUGCGCAAACUCAGGCACACACCCACUGGGUCAAUGAUAUUACCCUCGCGAAGCAGCACACCGCCCUGGUGUCGGCCUCUUCUGAUCUGCUCGUCAAGGUCUGGCGCCCCCUGGCCAGUGAUGCGGAGGAGCCCGCUACCAUCGGUCAGCAUGCCGACUACGUGAAGUGUAUCGCAACACCAAGUCAGUCCACCAACUGGGUGGCUUCAGGAGGACUGGACCGCAAGCUGUACCUGUGGGAUCUGUCAGGCGCCGGCAAGACGCUUGAGAUCGAUGUCCAGGGCGAGGAGGUGCCGCAGAAGGGAAGCGUCUACGCGCUCGGUGCCACCCACGACAUCCUGGCCAACGGCGGGCCCGAGAGCAUUGUCCGGUUGUGGGAUCCGAGAUCCGGCAAGCGCAUCACCAAGUUCGUAGGCCACACCGACAUGGUCCGCGCCAUCCUGAUCAGUGCGUCCGGGGACAUGGUCCUGUCGGCGAGCGCGGACCAGACCGUCAAGGUGUGGAGCGUGGCGGCGGGCCGCUGCAUGCACACGCUUACCAUGCACGACCACAGCGUAUGGGCCUUGUUCUCGGAUGAUCCGGGCCUGAACAUCUUCUACAGCAGCGAUCGCUCUGGACUGGUGGUCAAGACCGAUGUGCGCGGGUGCAUGGGCGAUAUGGACAGGGGUCUGUCUUUAGCCAUUGCGAAGGAGAACGAUGGCGUGAGCAAGAUUGUGGCCUUUGAAGACAGCAUAUGGACGGCAACGGCCCGGGCGUCUAUUAAUCGCUGGAAGGAUGUGGAUACAAGCGAGAACCUUCAGCUCCCUGACGCGUACAAACAACACCGAGCGUCGAUGGUGACGGUGCGAAGCAGGGAGAGCGUGGCACCGUCCAUCCCCUCUCCACCUACGACAGGGGAACCGGUCAAGGCCGCAAUCCCUGCGAAGUCUAUUCUUCGGAUCUCUAAUACAGCAUCCUUCCCACUGGUCAUCGGCCGAGAUGCUGACGAACCGUUCCCGGGCCUGGUGCGGAAAGGAUCAGAUUUUCUCACUGAGCCUGUGGCUAGUCUCGUCGAGCCGAUCCACCAUCUGCCGGAGGAGACCAUUGAGGGACAGUUUGGCCUCGUCAAACACAGGCUGCUGAACGAUAGGCGACGGGUCUUGACGCUGGAUACCGCCGGCGAUGUCUUGCUGUGGGAUCUGAUUCAGUGCCGUCCCGUCAAGAGCUUCGGAAAACGGCACCUCGAGGACGUGGAGCCAGAGGUCAACACGCGGGAGGCUGUCGCUCCUUGGUGUUCGAUCGACAUCAGCUCCGGGAACCUGACGGUGGUGCUGGAACCCUACAACUGCUUUGACGCCGAAAUGUACGCCGAUGAGUUAGCUUUAGAUGAGCCUGUGGAAUUUAGGGAAGAUCAGAGAAUCAACCUCGGAAAGUGGGUGCUUCGAUACCUAUUUUCCAAUCUCAUCGACGAGGAGAUACGGCGUGACGAGACAUUCAGGCAAAAGCUCAACGAAGGCGCGGCCAACAGAAAGGCGGCUGGAAGGACCGCGCCGCCACUGUCAAUAUCCAUACCUUCCCGACCGAGCUUUGGCUCAGCAGACUUGUCGUCGGCAACCCCUCGGCCGAGCGGACCAUACCCGCCCAUGACUCCGGGAUUGGCGAUAGGGAUAGCCACUCCCGGCUCGCCCGUGCCACCGGUGCCUGAGGGAUUCGCAAGCAACUUUACCCCGCUUGACGGCAGGUUAUCCCACGCCAGCCGGCCAUCACAGGACAGAGAAGAUUACUUCUCGGAUGCGAUUCAGAGCCCCGAGGGAGCGCAGAGUGCCAAACCAGCCCAGACACCUGCGACGGAGGCACCUCCAUCGGAAGACAAGGCGCCCAAGACGCCCGGCGACAACGGCAAGGAAAAGGACAAGGAUGCCAAGGAUGCCAAGGAUAAGGAUAAGGAUAAGGAUAAGGACAAAGACAACGCAAAGUCGCCCACGACAUUUGGCAAGAAGUUCCGCAUGGGCAUGUCCUUCGGCACUAAGAAACUGGGACGGUCCUUGUCCACGGUGACGGCUGAGAAACCGGCGGUCUUGGACGAGAGGGCAGAGGAGUCGGAGUCGUCGUCCAACCACGAAAAGGAGUUCGACGACAGCUUUCUCGGCGUGAUUCAGAAGAUCCGAAACGAAUACGAGAAGCAGGCAACCGAGAGCCCGGACCAGCUGGUCGAGACCAAGCUCACGCCGAGCUUGGCCAACGACACGCCCGUGCUGAAACUGCCUGCCGGCACAAAGGUCAUCAUCCAGGAGGAGACCACGGGCGGUUCGGCCGAGAUCUACCGCGGCACGGUGGCAUCUGUCGGCGCCGACGCCGACGCCAUCGAGGAGCGGGCGCCGCAGUGGCUGGGCGAGGUGCUGCUGCUCAACGCGCUGCCGCCCAAGGACCCCGUCAAGAUCUCGUUCAUGCUGUACCCGUGGAGGGACACGCUGCCGGCCAUCGUGGCGGCUGACGGCAACAACCGGCUGAAUGCUAAUCGCAUGCUGCGCGUCAAGAAGAUCCUGGCUUAUGUGGCCGAGCGGAUUGACCCGGUUCCCGAGGGCCAGGAGCCGGAUCCAAAUGCGCUGAAGCCGGAGGAGUAUUUGGAGUUGUACUGCAACGAUCAGUUGUUGCCCAUCAAGAUGACGCUGGCCACUCUGCGGACCCAUGUCUGGAGGGGCGGUAACGACAUCAUCCUCCACUACAAGGCCAACGGCAGGAAGGAGAUCCCCAUGCCCGCUCCGGUGGAGGAAGAGGAACAGGGUGCGCCUGAAACCGCUGCUCAGGGAGCAUAGUGUCUGCCUUGAUGAGUCGCUCAGCGCUGCCCAUGGAAGCCAAGCCCGUUCUAUGAUUAGGUUCUGUAUGCCCAAGUCUAUAGGGUAUAUCCGUUAGCCCAACAUAAUGUACAUUACAUCCGUAGUUUUUACA